CAAUAUGAGAUUGAAAAAUUGUUUUAUCUUUUUGCCUUUUUUUUUUUCCUGUAAGGAAAUUCAAGGAGGACAAGAGCAGUGUCUCAUUAACUGCAGACCAGAUUCACAAACAGCACAGGCUACAGCUUGCAGAAGAGGACUUGGGAUCACUAAUGUGAUACUGUGAAAAACAGGCCCCGACCAGCAUGCGUGAGCAGAUGCGUUGGGUGUAAGAGAUGGAAGUGAUAGUCAAUGGCACAAGUUAAGAUGCAGCCUACAGCAAACCUGUCUGGACCUACCAUGUCCCCUGUGGUGCUACCCCUACCAGUUACAGCUCCAAACACCCUGGGUCUGCCAUCCUCAAUGAACGGAUCCGUUUCAGAAUCAGCUGCCAGCUGCAGCAGUCCUACUGCCAGCCUCCUGGAUCCUGAGCCUUCUAGCAACUCACCAGCUCUUCUCCAAGAUAACAUGGCAAACCCCAAAGAGAAAACUCCAAUGUGUCUGGUAAAUGAGUUAGCACGUUUCAAUAGAAUUCAACCCCAGUAUAAGCUCCUGAAUGAAAGAGGGCCUGCUCAUGCCAAGAUGUUUACAGUGCAACUGACUCUUGGAGAACAGACAUGGGAGGCUGAAGGAAGCAGUAUUAAAAAGGCCCAACAUGCUGCUGCCAGCAAAGCGUUGACUGAAACCACCCUUCCCAAACCGACGCCUAGACCACCCAAAAAUAAUGUUAACAAUAAUCCAGGUAGUAUCACUCCGACGGUGGAGCUGAAUGGGCUGGCUAUGAAGAGAGGAGAACCUGCCAUCUACAGGCCAUUGGAUCCAAAGCCAAUUCCCAAUUACAGAGCUAAUUACAAUUUCCGGGGCAUGUACAACCAGAGGUAUCACUGCCCAGUGCCUAAAAUAUUCUAUGUCCAAUUAACUGUUGGCAACAGUGAGUUUUUUGGUGAAGGAAAGACUCGUCAAGCUGCUAGACAUAAUGCUGCAAUGAAGGCCCUUCAAGCUCUCCAGAAUGAGCCUAUUCCAGAAAAAUUACCUCAGAAUGGAGAAGCAGGAAAAGAAUCAGAAGAAGAUAAAGAUGCAAACAAGUCUGAGAUCAGUGUAGUGUUCGAAAUUGCUCUGAAACGCAAUAUCCCUGUCACUUUUGAGGUGAUUAAAGAAAGCGGACCUCCUCACAUGAAGAGCUUUGUUACACGAGUCACAGUAGGAGAAUUCAUUGCAGAAGGAGAAGGCAACAGCAAGAAACUCUCUAAGAAGCGUGCUGCAAUGGCUGUCCUACAAGAACUUAAGAAACUUCCUCCUCUUCCUGUUAUUGAAAAGCCAAAACCUUACUUUAAAAAACGUCCAAAAACAAUAUUGAAGACCGGACCCGAAUAUGGUCAAGGAAUGAAUCCCAUCAGUCGUCUGGCUCAGAUCCAACAGGCCAAAAAGGAGAAGGAGCCAGAGUAUGUUCUCCUUUCCGAGAGAGGAAUGCCUCGCCGUCGGGAGUUUGUCAUGCAGGUGAAAGUAGGCAAUGAGAUUACUACUGGAACAGGCCCCAACAAGAAAAUAGCUAAAAGAAAUGCAGCAGAAGCAAUGCUGCUACAGCUGGGUUACAAAGCCUCUACUCCUCUUCAAGACCAGCCAGAAAAGCUUGGAGAAAACAAGAGUUGGAAUGGCCAGAAUGUUGGGUUUCCUGAGCCAACAAGUAACACACCAAAGGGAAUACUCCAUCUCUCUCCUGAUGUUUAUCAGGAGAUGGAAGCAAGCCGCAACAAAUCAGCCCCUGGCACCACCGUAAGCUAUUUGUCACCCAAAGAAAUGAGCCAGGCUUCCAGCUCUUUCUUCAGCAUAUCUCCUACAACAAACAGCACAGCCACCAUUGCCAGGGAACUUCUCAUGAAUGGAACGUCCCCAACUGCUGAAGCCAUAGGUCUAAAAGGAAUAUCUCCUGCUUCCCCUUGUUCUGCAGUGCAGCCUUCAAAACAGCUGGAGUAUUUGGCAAGGAUUCAAGGCUUUCAGGUACACUACAGUGAUAGACAAAAUGGCAAAGAGUGUAUGACCUGUUUGACACUGUCUCCUGUGCAGAUGACUUUCCAAGGUAUCGGGAGCUCCAUUGAAGCCAGCCAUGACCAGGCAGCAUUAAGUGCCUUGAAACAGUUUUCAGAACAAGGGCUGGAUCCAGUGGAAGGGGCUCUGAAAGUUGAAAAUGGAUCACAUGAGAAACAAGUCAAGCAUCUGGGAGAGAAAGCAGACAAUAAGCAGACUAACUCAGGCACCAUUGCUCAGGACUGCAAGGAUUCAAAGGCUGUCAUCUAGGAGCUUCCCAGCACCCACGGCUGCCACUGCAUCCUUAUAAACCUGUCAACACGCACUAGGGUGAUGUGUAUGGGAAAUGAAUGACUAAUGCCAUGGCUGGAGUCCUUUGUGAGGCAGCACUAUUCUGGCACAGGAGAUAGCAUAUGUGGUACUCUGUAUUCCACAUACAACCCCCCAGCACUUCCCUUAGAACCUCAGAUCAGAGCAUAACUACAUUGCCCAGAGGCAGAAGAAGUCUAAUUGUGUUACUGGAGGUUAAAAUAACAACUAAUUAACAAAAGGUGUUUUUAAAAAGUUUGAAAAUAAGGUGUUGGGGGGUGGGGGAGGAGGGGAAGCUUUACAAUUGAUUAAUCUUGAGGAAAAUGAGUCAGCCUUGGUUGAGUUAUACAAUUUUUUCGUAGUGUAGUUCUGAGUUCAGCUUACUGUUUCCUAAAUAAUGCUUGGAUAUUUGACAAUUAACCAAUGACAGUGCUGUGAGACUUGUAGCUGGUUUUCUCCAUAUCUAGUCAUACAGCUUAUCUUUUUAUGCAGGCAUUAUGUAUUUUUCAUCCUAUAUAUGAAUAUGUAUGACUUUAAGAUGCACUACUGAGAGUUGUAUGCACGCAGAAGUUUCAAUCGUGACAAGCAUUUGCCUAACAGGAGCCGGUGAUAGCUGUGGUCAGCCUCGAUAUACUCCAGGAAUAAAGCAGAUAUGGCCUUGAUUUUCCUUGCCAUCAUCACUUAAAGAGGCGACUC